AGGCAAAACAUCGGUUUCAUAUUGUAAAUACAUCAAGAUACACAAUCGUAUGGUUCUGAAAACAAGAGGCACGUAUUUGUAAACACCUGAACAAUAUAUAACAUUUGAUUCAACCAGAUAUACAAAGGAAAAGCGAGUAGAAUUUUUUAACUAAAGAAUUCAACCAAGAAGGCGAAGCCAAGAAGGUGAUGAACGUGAAUAAUAAAUAUCAACAUGCCGCUGCUCAGAUCCAGGGUCAGCCACAGACCAACUUACAAGCCCAGCAGAUCUUAUUGCAGCAACUCCAUCAGGGGCAAUCACAACAACAACAACAACAGCAGCAGCAGCAGCAACAACAACAACAGCCAGGGGCUAAUGCCUUAGGUGCCGGGUUCCAACCAAAUGAGAACUUUAAUGACACACUAAACCAAGGGAUAUAUCAAGCUAACUACCAAAGAGCUCAACCAUCGCAACAACAAUUGCAGCAGCAGUUUUUCCCCCAAUUCCAACAAGGACAACAAGCACAAGGAAAUGCCCAACAAUUACAACAACCUUACCAACCUCAACAAUUGCAACAACAGCAACAACAACAAUACCAACCAAAUCAACAACAACAGCAACAACAAGUCCCUCGUCAACCUCCUCAUCUUCAACAGCAACAAUUUUACACUCAACAACAACAACAACAACAAGCAGCUCUUCAAGCCCAACAACAAGUCCAACUUCAACAGGUUCAGCAACAAGUCCAACAACAACAACAACAAACUCCUGUACAGAAAUUGUCCACCAUCAAUAUCGAUAACCCAAACUCUCUCUAUUGGCAACAUCAACAACAAUUGUGUCAAUUGUCAAGAACAUCAAACAUCCCCCAUUCAUAUGCCAGACAAUAUGCUUCUAAUUCCAGAAAGAAUAAGAACCCUUACAAUGAAGUUAAAUCAGUAGGUUUGAUUGAAGCUACGAAGACAAUCAUUGCCAGCUUAGAAGAACAAGAAAAAGCCAACAACUCAAAUAAUCAACAAAGCACCCCAACUUCAAAUACUGCCUUGUUACAUAAUAAGAAACAUUCACAAGACUUGGAUGAUGAUACCAUGGAAGAACAAAGAAUGAGACUCAAGACUCAAGGGAAGCAAUUGUGGUGUCAAUUGGAUUUGAGUGGUCAAGGAUUGGUUAAUAUUUCCCCUAAAUUAUUCCACUAUGAUUUCUUGGAAUCCUUAUACUUGAGUAACAACAAAUUAACCCUGAUUCCUCCAGUAAUCAGCAAAUUGAGAAGUUUAAGAACAUUGGAUUUAUCACAUAAUCGUAUUUCAGAAAUUCCAUCUGAACUUGGGUUAUGCUUUAAUUUGAGAUAUCUUUAUUUGUUUGACAAUAAUAUUAAAACCUUGCCUAAUUCUUUUGGAAAUUUGAUAGAGUUGUUAUUCUUGGGGAUUGAAGGAAAUCCAAUGGAUUUAAGCAUUGCCAAUUUAUUAGCAGAAAAGGGCACCAAAGAACUCAUCACCACAUUAAGAGAUCAAAAGAUCACUCCUAUUAGAACUCCUAAACCAAGACCUUGGUUAUUAUUGGAAGAUGAUGGUGAAAUUGCCGAUUCAGUUGAAACAUUCAGAAAUGAUACCAAUGGGGAUUCAUUCACCUUGUUAUCAUACAAUACCUUGUGUCAACAUUAUGCUACUCCAAGAAUGUACAAAUUCACUCCUUCAUGGGCUUUGGAUUGGGAUUACAGAAGGAACGCGCUUCAACGAGAAAUCUUGGGAUACAACACCGAUAUUAUCUGUAUGCAAGAAGUGGAAACGCGUACUUUUAACGAAUUCUGGCUCCCAUUAAUGUCUGAACAUGGAUACAGAGGUGUUUUCUUUUGCAAGACUAGAGCUAAGACCAUGAGUGAAGCCGAUGCUAAAAAGGUUGAUGGUUGUGCCACUUUCUUUAAAGCAGAAAAGUUUAAUUUGGUUCAAAAGCAAAAUUUCGAAUAUAAUAGUGUUUGUAUGGGAUCAGACAAGUAUAAAAAGACCAAGGAUUUGUUUAAUAGAUUCAUGAAUAAGGAUAACACUGCAUUGAUCACAUUCCUUCAACAUAAAGAAAGCGGAGAGCAUAUGACAAUUGUCAAUACUCAUUUACAUUGGGAUCCUUCAUUUAAUGAUGUCAAGACAUUGCAAGUUGGGAUUUUAUUGGAAGAAAUGCAAGGAAUCAUCAAGAAGUUUUUGCAUACUUCGUCCAUGGAAGAAGUCAAAAAUGCCACCAUGAUUGUCUGUGGAGAUUUCAAUUCCGUUAAAGAAAGUGCAGUUUAUCAAUUAUUCUCCACCGGUGCUUCCGUUAAUCAUGAAGACAUGGCGGGACGGGACUAUGGUAAGUUCACUGAAGAAGGAUUCCGCAAUGCAUUUAAAUUGAAAUCAGCUUAUGAAACAUUGGGUGAGUUGCCAUUUACUAAUCUUACGCCAGCAUUCACGGAUAAUAUUGAUUAUAUUUGGUACUCAACCAAUUCUUUACAAGUUAGAGGAUUGUUAGAUAAAGUUGAUAUGGAUUACGCUAGCCACCGUAUCGGAUUCCCCGAUGCAAAUUUCCCAUCCGAUCAUAUUCCAAUAUUGGCUAAAUUCCAAUUUAAAAAGGGGAGCGCAGCCAAGAAACCAGACUUUAAACCAGACUUCAAGACUGGGCCUUCAAGAAAAACCUGAUUGAUAAGCCCGUCUAUUGUCAUAAUGAAAUAUUGUUUUUGUUAUUUUGUAUAUUAAUAAUGUUGUGUUGUUAUUUUUGUGGCCCUGUUUUUUUUUAUUUGUUGAGUGGGGGGUUACUCCUAUUUUUUUUGAUUUGCUUGUCUUUUAUUCAGAGGAUUAUCAUAAAUGAAGAUUGUGUUAUAUCCUCAAAAUGUAACGUUUCAUUUUUGCUAUUUGUUUACAUAUAUAUUUUUGUUCUAAUUUUAAAUACAUAUUCAGUUUCACAAAAGU